AUGUCCAUGGCCAGCUCUGCUCCCAAGGUGCCCACCACCGCUCCCGCCAAGUGGCCUGCCCCCGAGGACUGGCCCGCUGCCAAGGUCCGUCAGACUUUUAUCGACUACUUUGUCCAGAACCCCGGCUUUGAGCACACCUUUUGGGCCUCGUCCGGUGUCAUUCCCUUUGACGAUGACACCCUCCUCUUCGCCAACGCUGGUAUGAACCAGUUCAAGCCUUGCUUCCUGGGCACUGCCGACCCCAAGUCGGACCUCUCCAAGCUCGUCCGCGCCGUCAACUCGCAAAAGUGCAUUCGCGCCGGUGGCAAGCACAAUGACCUCGACGAUGUGGGCAAGGACACCUACCACCACACCUUCUUCGAGAUGCUCGGCAACUGGUCGUUUGGCAACUACUUCAAGCUCGGCGCCCUCACCAUGGCCUGGGACCUCCUCACCCGCGUCUACGGUCUCCCCGCGGACCGUCUCUACGUGACCUACUUUGAGGGCGACGCCAAGCAGGGCCUCGAGCCUGACACUGAGGCCCAGCAGAUCUGGCGCGACCUCGGUGUCCCCGAGGACCACAUUCUUCCCGGUAACGCAAAGGACAACUUCUGGGAGAUGGGUGCCACCGGCCCCUGUGGUCCCUGCUCGGAGAUUCACUUUGACCGUAUCGGUGGCCGUAACGCGGCCUCGCUCGUCAACGAGGACGACCCGGAUGUGCUCGAGAUCUGGAACAAUGUGUUCAUCCAGUACAACCGCGAGGCCAACGGUGACCUCCGCCCUCUCCCGGCCAAGCACGUCGACACUGGUAUGGGCUUUGAGCGUCUCGUCUCGGUCCUCCACAACGUCCGCUCCAACUACGACACUGACUGCUUCACCCCCAUCUUUGCCAAGAUCCAGGAGCUCACCGGUGCCCGCCCUUACAGCGGCAAGCUCGGUGCCGAGGACGUCGACGACAUUGACACUGCCUACCGUGUCAUUGCCGACCACAUCCGUACCCUCACCAUUGCCAUUUCCGACGGUGGUGUCCCCGACAAGGACGGCCGUGGCUACGUCCUCCGUCGUAUCCUCCGUCGUGGUGUCCGUUACGCCUCGUCCAAGUUCAACGUCGAGAUUGGCACCUUUUUCUCGUCGCUCGUUGACACUGUCGUCCUCUCGCUCGGCGACAUGUUCCCCGAGGUCACCAAGAAGGUCCCCGAGCUCAAGGAGAUUCUCGACGAGGAGGAGACUUCGUUUGCCCGCACCUUGAAGCGUGGUGAGGCCCUCUUCAACAAGUACGCCGAGGCCGCCCUUGCCACCGACCACAAGACCCUCGAGGGCAAGGACACCUGGCGCCUUUACGACACCUACGGCUUCCCUCCCGACCUUACCCAGAUCAUGGCCGAGGAGCGUGGUCUCAAGAUUGACGAGGAGGCCUUUGAGAAGGCCCGUCUCGUCUCGCUCGAGGCUUCCAAGGCCGGCACCAAGAAGGGUGCCGCUGGCGGUGUCAAGCUCGACGUCCACGACCUCGGUGCGCUCGAGGCCAACGCCGCCGUCCCCAAGACCGACGACCAGUUCAAGUACGGCCGCGAGGACGUUGACGCCAAGGUCAAGGCCAUCUACCACCAGUCCAAGUUCCUCGACUCGACUUCCGAGGUGCCCGCCGGCGAGACUUUCGGUCUCCUCCUCGACAAGACCAACUUUUACGCCGAGUCUGGUGGCCAGGAGUACGACACUGGUGUGAUUGCCAUUGAUGGCCAGGCCGAGUUCAAGGUCGAGGACGUCCAGGUCUUCAACGGCUACGUCCUCCACAUUGGCCAGCUUGUCGAGGGUGAGCUCAAGGUCGACUCGGACGUUGUGUGCACCUACGACGAGCUCCGUCGCUGGCCCAUCCGCAACAACCACACUGGUACCCACGUCCUCAACUUUGCCCUCCGCGAGGUCCUCGGUGACGGUAUCGACCAGAAGGGUUCGCUCGUUGCGCCCAACCGUCUCCGUUUCGACUUUUCGCACAACAAGUCGAUUGCCGGCGCCGACCUGGGCAAGAUUGAGGCCAUCUGUAACGACUGGAUCAAGAAGGCCGCGCCCGUCUACUCCAAGGACCUUCCCCUCGCCACGGCCAUGAAGAUCCCCGGUCUCCGUGCCGUCUUUGGCGAGCGCUACCCUGACCCUGUCCGUGUUGUUUCGCUCCUCUACCCCCUGGAGGAGAUUGAGCAGAACCUCGAGGACCAGAAGUGGGCCACUUCGUCAAUCGAGUUCUGCGGUGGCACGCACGUCCGCAAGACGGACGAGAUCAAGGAGUUUAUCAUCCUCGAGGAGUCGUCCAUUGCCAAGGGUAUCCGCCGUAUCGUCGCCGUCACUGGCCACGAGGCUGCCGACGUUUCGCGCCGGUCGAUCGACUUUGAGAAGAAGCUCGAGCGCAUCGCCGCCAUGGACCCCAAGGAGCGUGAGGCCGCCCUCAAGCCCUUCCCCGGCGAGCUUGGCAAGAGCGGCAUCUCGCUUCUGACCAAGCAGAAGCUUACCGAGCGCUACAACGUCCUCACGGCCGAGCUCGCCGCGGCCGCCAAGGCCCAGAUCGCCGCCGACAUGAAGGUCAUCACCGACUCUGUCAAGUCGUUCUUCAUCUCCAACCCCAACGACAACGUCAUGGUCGGCCACUUUGACUCGGCCAACGGCAACGCCAAGACCCUCACCGCCGCCGUCAACGCGGCCAAGAACCUCGGCAAGGCAGUGUACGCCUUCUCCACCGACACCGAGACCGGCAAGGUCGCCCACGUCAACUUUAUCCCCAAGGACGUGCUCGAGAAGAAGGUCCUCGACGCCAAGGCGUGGCUCACCGAGGUCGCCGGCGUGAUCGGCGGCAAGGGCGGCGGCAAGCCCGAGUCGGCCACCGGCGUCGGCUCCAACACUGACAAGGUCGACGACGCCAUCGCCCACGCUAAAAAGGUGUACCAGGACAAGGUCGAGGCGUAA